AUGUCUCUUGGAAAGACCGUUAAGCUGAACACUGGCCACCCUAUCCCCCAACUGGGAUUCGGUACCUGGCAAUCCGCCCCUGGCCAAGUUGGCGAGGCUGUCUACGAGGCCCUCAAGGCUGGCUACCGUCACCUGGAUCUGGCUACUAUCUACCAGAACCAGAAGGAGGUUGCCCAGGGUAUCAAGCGCGCUUACAAGGAUGUCCCCGGCCUGAAGCGUGAAGACAUCUUCAUUACUUCCAAGCUGUGGAACACCCAGCACGACCCCAAGGACGUCGAGGCUGCUCUCGACAAGUGCCUUGCCGAGCUUGAGCUGGACUACCUUGACCUUUAUCUCGUUCACUGGCCCGUUGCUUUCAAGAGCGGCGACGACUACUUCCCUCUUGUUGCCGAUAGCAAGGUUGAGGGUGGUGACGUUGUUAUUGAAGACAACAUCUCCAUUGUGGACACCUGGAAGGCCAUGACCAAGCUCCCCAAGAGCAAGGCCCGUUCUGUCGGUGUUUCCAACCACCUGAUUCCUCACCUCGAGGCUAUUAUUAAUGCUACCGGCGUUGUCCCUGCUGCCAACCAGAUUGAGCGCCACCCCGUUCUCCAGAGCAACGACCUCGUUGAGUACUGCCAGAAGAAGGGAAUCCACAUCACUGCCUACUCGGCCUUCGGUAACAACAACGUGGGAGUUCCCCUCCUCAUCACCCGUCCCGAGAUCAAGGAAGUCGCCGAGUCCGCCGCUAAGCGUCUCGGAACUGAGGUCACCCCCGCUCACGUCAUCCUCGCCUGGUCCCAGGUCGGUGGUCACAGUGUGAUCCCCAAGUCUGUCACUCCCUCGCGUAUCCGUGACAACUUCAAGGAGAUCGAGCUUACUCCCGAGGAGAUCGCUAAGGUCUCCAAGCUCGAGAGCGAGCGCCGCCGUUACAACACUCCUUACGUUGCUAACAAGCCUCGCUGGGACAUCAACAUCUUCGGCGAGCCCGAGGAGGCUCCCGCCACCCACAAGGUCAUUGUUUAA